UUUGCUCAGAGGCUCAUGAAUAGCAGCUUCCCAUUAGCCAUGCACGGCUCUGAAGCGCGCAUAAAUAAUAGCUGGCAGAGCUGAUAAAAAAGCGCACCUUGGGGCCUCUCCCCCCUCCAUCUCCCUCUUUCUUCCUUUCUCUCUGACGGGAUUCUUUUCUAUCUGUCGUGGCUACAGCAUUUAGUCAGCAAGACUUUGGGGGCAGGUAGAAACAUUUCUCUUUUUUGCGCUCCGACUUCUUCUUCUUUUGUUGUUGUUGUUGUUGGAGGAUGAAAUGAUUCCUUUGCAUUAAAUCGGAGAUGUUUUCUGCUCUCAUGUCCCGUCUGUCCCGCAUUUGUAAUCCUGCGCCUUGCAGAACAAAUCCGCUGGACUGGUGCCUUUCCUAUUGAGAAGCAAGAAGCAUAGACACAAGGCUGCAUCUGAGCCCCUGCAGCUUCAAAAUUCUUUUGGAAAAAACGCAGAAACGGCGAUUUUUACGCACGAGAAAAGAAAGAAAGUAAAAGAGCACGGUCGUGAGAUUUCUCUGUGAUUACUACUACCACACAUCGAGGAUUUUUAAUUUUUUUUUUGCCUAAGAAGUUGCAUGUGCAGGAGUGAUAGUACCCGACCGGGACAGAAGGAAUGGGACACCCGGGCAGAGCCGUGAGAGGAGGAGGAUGGAGAGGAUGGACGCUCCUGGUUUGGGUCGCCGCUGUCAGCUUGGUGCUGGUGGCGGAUGGACGGAGAGUGAGGCAGCCCAGAUGCCCUGCUGGAUGCACCUGCACCAAAGACAAUGCCCUGUGUGAGAAUGUCCGAUCCGUGCCUCACACUUUCCCAUCGGACGUCGUUUCACUAUCUUUUGUCAAGUCUGGAUUCAAUGAAAUCACAGGAGGAAGCUUUGUUCAUACACCUGCCCUGCAACUGCUAUUGUUCACAGCAAACUCUUUUGACCUGAUCGACGAGGAUGCAUUUCUGGGUUUAACACAUCUUGAAUACCUAUUUAUUGAAAACAACAAAAUCGCAUCCAUCUCCCCGUAUGCUUUCAGGGGCCUGAAAACACUGAUACAUCUGGUCUGCUUGUGUCAGUUGGUCCUAAUUGGCUGGCAAAGACGCCGUCCUCUACACAACACUGGAAAAAGGGUGGUGCUGUUUAGGAGUCUGGCUUACAACAACCUUGAGACGCUGCCCAAAGAUGUGUUCAAGGGCAUGGAUGCUUUGACCAAAGUGGAUCUGCGAGGCAACAACCUGAUUUGUGACUGUAAGCUCAAGUGGCUGGUGGAGUGGAUGCAUCACACCAACGCCACCCUGGACCAGAUCUACUGCAGCGGGCCGCCGCUCCAGCAGGGGAAGAAGAUCAACGACCUGCUGCCACACUCCUUUGACUGCAUGACGGCAGAGUUCGCCUCCUAUCAGUCGCUGAAGUUUGAGUCCAUAUCGGUGGAGGCUUUCACCUUUGGCAAAGAGCAGUACGUUGUGUUUGCUCAGCCCUUUGCUGGGACCUGCAGCUUCCUGGAAUGGGAUCACGUAGAGAUGACCUUCAGAAUGUAUGACACCAUUGAAAGCACUUCCACUGUCGUCUGCAAGCCCAUGGUCAUUGACAACCACCUCUUUGUCAUCGUGGCCCAGCUAUUCGGCGGCUCGCACAUUUACAAGCGUGACACAUCGGCGAACAAGUUCAUCAAGAUCCAGGACAUCGACAUCCUGAAGAUCCGCAAACCCAACGACAUCGAGACCUUCAUGAUCGACGGGGAGUCGUUCUUUGUCAUCGCCGACAGCUCCAAGGCUGGUUCCACAACGGUGUACAAGUGGAACGGAAAUGGCUUCUACUCCCACCAGUCCCUGCACCCGUGGUACCGGGACACAGAUGUAGAAUAUCUGGAGAUCUCCAACAAACCCCACCUGAUUUUGUCCAGCAGCUCUCAGAGGCCUGUCGUGUACCAGUGGAACAGGAGCCAGAAACAGUUUGACCGUAGGACUGACAUACCGGAGAUGGAGGACGUCUUCUCUGUGAAACACUUUCGGGUCAAAGGUGAUCUGUUCAUAUGCUUGACAAGAUUCAUCGGGGACUCCAAGGUGAUGCGCUGGGACGGUGCCAUGUUCAAGGAGGUCCAGACGUUUCCUUCCCGCGGCUCCAUGGUGUUCCAGCCCGUCUCCAUCGGCAACUGGCAGUACGCCAUCUUGGGCAGCGAUUAUUCACUGACACAGGUCUACCAAUGGGACACCAAGAGGGGGCAGUUUGUCCCAUCUCAGGAGCUGAAUAUCCAGGCGCCGCGAUCAUUUUCCCUGGUUGCCAUUGACAACCGGGUGUUCCUGCUCGCGUCCAGCUUCAAGGGAAAAACUCAAAUAUAUGAGCAUCUCAUGAUCGAUUUGAGUAAUUAAACCCGUGGCUUGUUUUGGGACACAUUACCAUUCACACGCUUUCUUCUGCGACUUUGCUGAACUUGUCAGUCCCAUUUCAAACCACUAACAGUUUCAAGUCAUCAAUCUAAAGAGGUUUUUCAAAUAUAAAUCAGGACUUCUAGGUUAGUUUCGGCUGACAUUCUAGGGAUGUAAUUGCUACAUUGGUUCAUUUUUGUUAAUUUUGGCAGGUCUGGACAUAAUUUCUGUGAUUAUGAUUGAAAACAUUUUUUCUACAGUCCCUGAAGUAUGGAAACCUGCAGCAGCUGGGUCAUUUUUGAUGAAUUCCUUGCAUUUUCAUCUUGAUUCCUUACUAUAUAGGAAAGCCUUUCAGGAAAAAACAAGCUAUAAAGUUGCUUCUUUGGAUUAUAGUUAAAAUCCAAAGGUUUUAUUCUUAUAAGACGCCUAUGCUAUUCAGCUCCAUACCAUCUCUUGUAGAACUUCAAUAGGAAUGUUCUCGGAAUUGGCAGAUGACCAUUCAUUAAUUGCUAAAUAGCGGGAUAUUUUGUGAUAAAAGGGAGGAGAGAAGGGUUUUGUAAUUUUAAAGUCUUCUUUUAGACAAAUUAACUCCAGAGUAAAAUAGAUCAUCAUUAGGUAUGUGGAUUUUAAACUCUGGAGAGGUCUGUAGGUUUGUUCUCAUUUGCUUUUUUUCUAAACUGAAGUUUAAAACAUCAAUGUUCCAUCAAGGCUGCUGAUUGAUUUGAGUUCUGGGCAUUUAAAUCUCAUACUGUGACUGUGAGAGUUCCUCAGAGUGUUUAUUAGAUACUCUGUAGAAGACAGACAAUCUCACAAAUGUGCAAGAACCCUCCUCACACUGGAAUCUAACUUCGGUUUAAUGACAGCGGCGGCGAUGUAGUUGGCAAUAUUUAAAGGAAUUUGUCAGUAACAGAACAAUGAGCUUCCCAUAUGGGUAAAAAUUUGACUAUUUCCAAAGAGUUGUGUCAAUUCUUUGGCAGGUUUGUGUAAUUAUUUCACAUAAUAAAGUGAAAAAUCUCACUUAACACCGUGAGAAACUUUAGAGGAAAAAAACACACCGUGUGUUCUGCUUUCUCUCAGUUAAACAAAACCGCAUGCGUGAUACAGACACUCGGUGGUGUUGAUUUCCGAUGAAUGACUAACUAGAAGCAUCCCACUGUGCCACCCAGCCCUCUCUCUUUCACUGCACUCUUGCCCCUUUUCUCCCUGAUUGACAAAAACCAUUGUUGUCUUUACUCCGCAACUAAAAGCCAACCACUGUGCGGCACACGCUACCUGUGCUGUCACACCGUCCUCUUAUUCCCACACAAAAGGAAACAGAAUAUCGAUAACAGUUAACAAACUUCACUGACAAAACAAUUUGCCAAAUGUGUUUUUACAGUACUGUGUAAAGUAAUUUAUGAUGUUACUUUUUUGUAUGUUGAAGGGGACCACACUUGGUGUUUUCUUUUUUUUAAUAGAUUUAGCCUUUGUAGUGUAGUUUUAGUGCAGAUUUAGUAAAAAAGAAAACAAAACAAAACAUGGAUCACCUCCUUAAAUGCAGUGUAACGUGCUACUUCUUUAAAACAGUUUGGACGUACUUGUAUCAGUCUAAUGUAGUUAGGUAAAGAUAGAGGUUUUUAGCCAUUCCUUUGUCGUCUUGAUCAUUCUGUUUUAUGUACAGUGGUAAUAAAACACUAAAAACACUAAAA